AUGCAUGCCUACGGGCAUGAAUGGUCGUGCCAACUUGUUUACAACCCACGAAUAUGCGAAGGCCUUGGCCUUUCAGACGGAGAAGGCACUGAGAGGCUAUGGUCCAGGUUUAUCCGCUUGAUAGGUAUCCAGCGCUCUUCAUCAAGACAGCGUCGGUUAUGGCUUCUUGACCGACAGGCUGCCGCUAUUGGUCUUGAGAUGCGUGCUGACCUUGGAGAUUGGAUCCGGCGUCGACUUAAACGAGGGAUUGACAACAAGGGACAGCUGCACAGACCACACUGGAUGAGUGUGAUGCAACAGUUGAAGAUCUGCGACAUCAAUGGGCUCUGCAGCGACAGUCACAAUUAUCCAUUCGCGCUCGUUCACGCCCCUGCUCGGCUCAAAAAAGAGCUGGAAACUGUGUUUGCCCUACAGGGUGACCUCGAUGCAUCUGAGAAGGCACUUCAAGCAACGAGCGAUGUGAUUUCAAAGGGAAAUGUAUCCCGAUGCACACUUGACGCGAUUGAGAGCCUGGAACGAAGUCACCAACGCCUCAUGGACAAGGUUGACGUCUUAUAUGCUUCCCUCAACAUUCAUGACAAAUUCCCUGAGCUGGAAGGGAUCAACAUCGAAUUCGUUCGCACACUUCUCUUGGCACGGGACCUGAAGAUCAACAUCCGGAAGUGUGCAAUUGGGAGCUUCUUCGAGUGGGACAAACUCGAUCGUGCUGUCGGCGGCACACAACAAGCAUUAGGGACCAAACUUCACCAGCAGACCCGAAAGGCCAUCUCAAAGCGACAACCAGCCUUGCUGGCUGCACUACGUAAAUUCAAUGGAUACUGCGAGCGCCUUGAAGAACUGUAUGAACCAGGUUGUGGUAUUCCUCUCCCGACACCUCUCCCUACCAAGCUGAAUGAACUCCGCAACGAUCAAACAUUGAUGGAGGACAUUUGGAUUACGCCUUCGGCGGGUGAGGUUCCUAGUUGGCUAGAUGAUCAGGAUGUCCGUGAUGGGAUACGCGCGAUGUUAAAGCGUGACAGAUGCAUUGAGGAACAGUGGUUUGGCGAUGAACUGGCUGCAAUAGAACUUGCUCUGCAGUUGCCUGAGAAUAUCAGAUUUUCUAUCUUACUACGCCAGCGGCGGGGACAUCUCCAACAUCUUCAAAUUCGUUGGUCUAACCCACUUGCAUCAUCAUUACGGUUUGAAUCCCGUGCAAAACAUGCUGAAUCGUUAGCGAUGCGGAUCUCGGGCACCUCCCAAGAAACUGCGCUUCGCUGGAUUCCUCAAACAUUGAUAUCAUGCGCCACUCUCCUGGAGGAGGAGGAAGUGGAAGUGGAAGUGGAAGUGGAGGAGGAGGGCAAAGAGGAUCCAGAGGUUAUCGCUACAUCAUUCAAUCAUCCUCCACCCGAACACUUUGCCCUUGGUGACGUCAUGAACAUUGACACUCCUGACAGCGAAGGUGAAGAGGAUAUCGAUAUCCCAACUGAGCCUUGUGCUCUCAUCACCUGGCAUACUCCCGAGCGAGUUGUUGUUGACCCAGUACCACCAAUGAAUGACACUACUGUCGUUGUCCCUGGGAUCAUCAGAACCAGGGUGCGUCCCGCCCGUGAUGCAUUCCCACAGCAAGUUUUUGAACCAAAGGACAUCGGGAUCCUCGCAUCGCCCACUGCACUGCUGAACGAUACCCUCAUCAACGGUUGUGCAGCGUUGCUUUAUUCCGAGUCUCUACAAGUUUCUCCCGCUGUCGAACAGUAUGCGAUUUUGUCCACUCACGACCUCCCCUGCAUUCGGUACAAUGCAUCAGACGACAGGCUUUGGCGCAACAUAUCAUGGACGGGUUAUUGGGCCAAGGACGUGUGGAUCAUACCGAUUCAUAGACCCUCGAUUGUCGGUCAUUGGGUGCUGUGCAUUGUGCACCUCCAGAGCAAGGAGAUUCACCUAUUUGAUAGCUUUGCCGAGCAACGACCUUGGAAGAGCGAUGUCAAAGAUAUUAUGAAAUUGAUCGUUCGACUUUUCAACAUCGCUCGGCAACAUGAUCGUGCGUUCAGAGUCAACAUCGACUUUGACGGUUGGAUUGCACGUCCGCUAAUAACAACGGCUGUUCAGACCAAUGGCUAUGACUGCGGCGUGUGGGUGCUUGCGAUGAUUGCAGCAACAUUGCGUGGAUGCCACUCUACGGCUUUGAAGGAAGAUAAUAUGCCUGCAUUUCGUCACUACCUUCGUACACUUGUAUUAUCAAUCCCUGCAUUCUGA